AUGGCCGACACCGUUUCGUCAAAGAGGACUUUCCCAGCACGAGACCGUCGAGAAUCUGCCGUCAAAAGAAGAGCGUCGUCUCCCAUGCAGCCUCCUGCUUCCACUCCCUCUUCCCGCAAGCCCUCGACGCCAGCACCCUCGUCCGAACCUCGUCAGAAGCGCAAGUACACCAAACGUGCAAGCCUAGUUCGAGUUCAGACUCCCGCAUCACGUUCCUCACCUUCAUUGUCCGUCGCUGAAGAAGUCCUGCCUACUCGCUUGACCGCCAACAAACCUUUGCCCACUUCGAAACAAAAGCAACCGGCCAGUUUGUCCCAAGCCGAGUACCAGUCUGUCGCUGAGAGCGCCAUCCUUGCGGCAUCCCUUCAUCGAUCUCGCAUGCAGUGGCUCUAUGACGGCAUCUUUGAGAAAUACUGGAUUAAGCCUGUCAAGAGAAAAGGUGUGAUCGAGGCUCCUCCCAAUAACCCGGACGUCAAAUCCAUGCAGAAGUUGGGUACUGCAACCAUCACAAUCGAGCCUCAUGUUUUCGACGCUGUCUUUUACACGGUCAGGGAUCCAGCCGCUCCUCAACCUUUCCCUCGUCACGCCAAUCAACACACUGCGAAGACAAUGUUACCGCCUCGACCGACGUACGGACAUCCUCCUCCACCUGGAGCAUAUCCUAUUCCUCCUGCACAGAGACCUGCCGCCAGUCCUGCACCUCACCCACAGGGUGCAGCCCCAGCGACAAUUCCAGCUCCCUCCACACAGGCUGCCACGCCCGCUGCAGCUCCGGCUGUUCAGAGGCCUCAGACUCCUAUUGCGUCUGCUGCCACUGGACCUGCAUCUGGCACACCUAAACAACAACCGCCCUCUCAAACCCAAUCACCGGCCACUACUGCUGUGGAACCCAAUCGCACACCAAACCCGCCUUCAAAACAGGCCAACCCGCCUCCAGGUGGUAGAGGAAGCACGACUGACCCAGUAAUCCAAAUGCUUGCUGCUCGCGCCGCCUCAGACCCUCAGCUCAAGGAGCUUAUGAAAGUGGUUGCAACGUCAAGGGCGUCACCGGAACAACUCAAAGAGUUUCAAGCUCAUAUCGAUGAGUUUAACGAGGUAGUCCGACGUCAAGAAGCGGAACGAGUAACAAAAGAGGAAAGCCAAGUCUCCGGCACAAACGCCCCGACUCCUGCAACACCUUCGCAACCAAACGCCGCUCAAGAAGCAAAGGCUCAAGCUACACCACCGACUGCCAACCAAGCACCUCCUCCUGUGCAAGCGCCAACGCCGUCACCUGCUCCAGUGGCAGCACAUCCAUCGACAUACAACACACCACAAGCGCAACCACGGCCCACCCCACCUCCGGCAGGCUCAACAGCACUGCCUGGUGUGAUGCACACCUUCCCUCCUGCCCCUCAUGCCGGUGGUGCCCCAGUUGGAGGAUUCAUGGGUUAUCAUGCACCUCCUCCGCCUCCAAGGCCAGAGCCUAUAAUCAAGCAUAUUGUCAUGGAGAUUACUAGUACGCCGUCGAGCACGCAACCCGCGUGCCCAGAUCGUUGGCUCUUCCCGGAAUUUGCUGUUCUAGAGAUACGAUUUGGAGGGUUAGAGAUGCUCGUUUCAUUCUUGGUCGAGCGGCGUGGUUCACAAAUCCUGUCUGGCAUGAGCGCCGAUUCAGCAGAGCGAGACGCCAAUGGAAACCACAUCAAGUGGAAGCCGGAGCAGGAUUACUAUGAGCCAGUGACCAUGACUGUCAAAGCCACACAUCACCGCACGAUCGAGACUAUUGCUCGAGCAGCAAGACCACUGCCAGUGGUACAGGAUCACAUGAAACAAGUUCUCGGCAAAGCGGAACGGGCGCCCAAGGAGUAUCUUGUCCACCAGCUGCCACGUGAAAUUAGUUCGGAAGGAACGGAAGGGUUCGUGGACAGCGGAGUGGAACUUGGGAACGAAUCCCCAUCCGAGGACGAUGAUUUAAAGGACGUGUAUGGAAUAUGA